GUUUUCUUAACAGAUGUGGCCAUAAGUUGUCCAUUUGGUGGGGAAAACAAACAGGGACUGGUGCUCAUCUAUAAUGGACAUGCUGGAGGACUCAGGGAAAAGCCCUCUCAGGUGAUCGCUGGUCAGUGGGCUUCUGCCACACCAUCAGCUCUACCUGCCAGUUUUGGUUACUCCCUUCGUGGAGGCAAAGACCUGGAUAAUAAUGGCUACCCAGAUCUUAUUGUUGGUGCAUUUGGUGCAGACACUGCCGUUCUUUACAGGUCUCGUCCUAUUGUGAACACCAGCGCUACCUUGACUGUCUAUCCAACUAUGAUUAAUCCAGAGGAGAAGGUUUGCACCAUAAGCCGUGGAAACGAAACUCUGCAAGUGUCCUGUGUCAACUUGAGCUUCUGCCUCUCAGCCAAUGGGAAGCACCUACCAAAUCAUCUCGAGUUUAAUGUUGAAGUUCAGCUGGACCGGCUGAAACAGCAGCAGAAGGGGGCCGUACGGAGAGCUUUGUUUUUAGACACCCAGCUUCCCGCUCUGCAGAGGACUCUGACUGUGCCAAAUGGAGACAGAGUCUGCAGUGACACCAAGAUCUUCUUGCGGGAUGAGAAGGACUUCAGGGAUAAGCUGUCGCCUAUAUUUGUUGCUUUCAACUUCAGCCUAAACCCUCAAGCCGCGGCAGACAGAUACGACCUGCGACCCAUCCUCAACUACCAGACAGCAGAGCUCAUCGAACAGAAAGCCCAGAUUUUAUUGGACUGCGGAGAGGACAACAUCUGCGUCCCUGACCUGAAACUCUCUGUGCACGGGGACAGGAAGGAAGUGUACAUGGGCGAUGACAACUCUCUGACCCUGACUUUUAACGCGAAGAAUGACGGAGGCGGAGCUUACGAAGCAGAGCUGUAUGUGGUCUUGCCACCAGAGGCCGACUACAGUGGAAUAGCCCGCAAUAACGAGAGCCUGACCCAACUGACCUGCAGUUAUGAGACGGAAAAUCAGACCCGUUACCUCAGCUGUGACCUGGGCAACCCCAUGAAAUCAGGCACAAGCUUAUGGGCUGGACUGAGAUUUACAGUACCACGUCUGAAGGACACACACAAAUUUGUGCAAUUUGACCUGCAGAUCCGUAGUAAGAAUGAGAAUAACUCCCAGAGUGAAGUCGUCCCCUAUAAGUUGGAGGUGGUGGUCCAGUCAGAUGUUAUUCUGCAGGGUGUCUCCCGACCAGACAAGGUCUUCUUUCCCCCACCGAACUGGAAGUUGACCAAGAAUGUUAUGGUUGAACAGGAUGUCGGACCCUCCGUCCAGCACACUUACGAGCUGGUGAACAACGGGCCGAGCCGCAUCAGUCACACUUUACUGGAGCUCAAAUGCCCCAUGAGGCUUCAAAGUAACAAGUUAAUUUACCCGCUGGAGGUUACGACGGAGGGCCCCGUUAACUGCACCACCCACAACAUAGUCAACCCCUUGAACCUCAAGCUCCAGCAGUCUUCUACCGAUCAGCCUCCUUUAAGAGACGCGGCCCACGAACACCACAUUGAGAAGAGGGAAACGCACAAGGGCGAGCUGUCUCAGCUGACCAAUCUGGUGAGAUUUCUUCAAACUGUAGGUUAUGAUAAAAAGACAAAACCCAGUCUCCAAGUGAGUGAAGCAUUUGUUCAGUGCUUACAUAGGGACAACGUUGUCUGAAAUUGAACCUCAUGAUUUGAAACACCCUGCAUAGACAGUAUCUCAAAUAUUAUGUUUGUGCGAAGUUUGCUCAUGAAAGCUAAUAGAAAAACCCUCCUAAAACAUCUUAAACCACCAUGGUCUUAAUUGUCUCAUUAGAUUGGUCAGGCUGAUCUGUUGGAUGGUUUCAGAGGGGUUUUGGACACUUUUCAGCUGGCCAUUCUGGGAGACCAUCUUAAGACAGUUAAGACCAGCAAACCAUCUUAGGUUGGUUUCAGGUCAGAAGGAAACUCUAAUGUGCAAAAGCAUGCAUAAAUGUGACCCUGGUCCACAAAGUGCCAAUUUUUCGAAAUUGAGAUUUAUGCAUCAUCUGAAAUUUGGAAUUUGAGGGUGCAAAAAAACCCCUAAAUACUCAGGACCUUUAAAUCUGUCCAAAUGAAGUUCUUAACAAUACUAAUUUAGGUUUUAAUGUA